AAAAAUAAUGAAUGAAUGCAUCCGUCUUCAAUAGCAGACAAGAUGUUCCGUUUCGUGGUCCUGUUUGCAGCUCUUCUCGCCCUUGCGGCAGCCAACACCACUCAAGUCAGCCAGUGUCAGCACAACCAGGGAGCUCUGCCCCGCAACACGCACAUCCAGGGCUGCACCAGGCCGCCGUGCGCUCUACCGCAGCUGCGAGAUGCCAUCAUUAACAUGGAAUUCGUGGCGCCUCGCCGUAUGACCAGCAUGAGGACUCUCGCCACGGCUUACAUGAGAGUCGGAUCAACAACUAUACCCGUUCCUUAUGACCUGGGCGCAAACUCUGUGACUUGCAACCAUCUAACCAACGCCUCCUGCCCCGUAUCAGCUAAUCAGACCCUGCGUUACACCCUCAGGAUGUUUAUUGAAGCUUUCUUCCCAGUGGGUACUGAGGUCACAGUGGAGUUCCGUAUUGUGGACCAGAGCAACGCUCCCGUCGUGUGCGUCCGAGUGCCAAUCAGAAUUGUUUCUCCUUAAAUCUAACGAUGCUUUCUACAAUAACAAUUUGGCUCUCAUAGCGUAAUUAAAUCUGUAUAACCUUUUAUAGAUAUAAAUAUACAAAUAAAAAACCGUUUCCAAACUUGUCGUUCCGAUUGUUGAAAUAAAAUACUUACUUGCUUUUGUUAA